UCUGGGUACCCGGUGCGGAAGGGUCCGGCCCGGCCCAGGUCGGAACAAAGCGGCGGCGGCGCGGCGGGCCCGGCAUGGCGGCGCGGCCGGCCCGGCUCCGCCUCUGGCUGCUCCUGCAUCUGCUGCCGCAGGUUUACUGUGAGUAUGGGAUGGUACAUGUCCUUUCAGAGAAGGGGAGCAGCAAAGGAAAAGACUACUGUAUUCUCUUCAACUCUCAGUGGGCCCAUUUGCCACAUGAUCUGGGUAAAGCUUCACUCUUGCAACUGCAGGAUCAGACAGCAUCUGUUUUGUGUUCUCCUUCUGACGUACCUGAUGGAGGAUUUAAUAAUCAAAUCCCCAUGGUGAUGCGAGGAAAUUGCACCUUCUAUGAGAAAGUGAGGCUUGCUCAGAUAAAUGGGGCUCGUGGGCUGCUGAUUGUUAGUAGAGAGAGACUGGUUCCUCCUGGAGGUAAUAGGAGUCAGUAUGAAGAGAUUGAUAUUCCUGUGGCUCUGCUUAGCUAUACUGAUAUGUUAGAUAUUGGCAAGAGUUUUGGCAGCUCAGUGAAAGGAGCAAUGUACGCACCAAAUGAGCCUGUGCUGGACUACAACAUGGUGAUUAUUUUUGUCAUGGCUGUGGGGACUGUUGCAAUUGGAGGCUACUGGGCAGGAAGCAGAGAUGUGAAAAAGAGGUACAUGAAGCACAAGCGUGAUGAUGGAGCAGAGAAACACGAUGAUGAGACAGUGGAUGUGACUCCCAUAAUGAUCUGUGUGUUUGUAGUGAUGUGCUGCUCAAUGCUCGUCCUCCUUUAUUUCUUCUAUGACCACUUAGUCUAUGUUAUAAUAGGAAUAUUCUGCCUGGCUGCCUCGAUUGGUCUUUACAGUUGUCUGUCUCCCUUUGUAAGAAGAUUCCCCUUGGGAAAGUGUAGAAUCCCAGACAACACCUUGCCUUACUUUCACAAGCGUCCCCAGGUCCGGAUGUUGCUCUUGGCAGUAUUUUGUAUCUCUGUCAGCGUAGUCUGGGGAAUCUUCAGAAAUGAAGAUCAGUGGGCCUGGGUUCUGCAAGAUGCUUUAGGAAUUGCUUUCUGUCUUUACAUGUUGAAAACAAUUCGCCUGCCUACAUUUAAGGGUUGUACCCUACUCCUCCUGGUUCUUUUUGUGUAUGAUGUAUUCUUUGUAUUUAUCACACCUUUUCUAACAAAGACUGGGGAGAGUAUAAUGGUGGAGGUGGCUGCAGGCCCAUCUGAUUCUGCCACUCAUGAAAAGCUCCCAAUGGUCCUGAAGGUUCCACGACUGAAUUCCUCACCAUUGGCUCUGUGUGACAGGCCUUUUUCUCUCCUAGGAUUUGGAGACAUUUUAGUUCCAGGCUUACUGGUAGCCUAUUGCCAUAGGUUUGAUAUUCAGGUGCAGUCAUCCAGAGUCUAUUUUGUAGCCUGCACGAUAGCAUAUGGCAUAGGCCUUCUUGUGACCUUUGUUGCCUUGGCACUGAUGCAGAUGGGCCAGCCUGCUCUCCUCUACCUGGUGCCCUGUACUCUCCUCACCAGCUUCGCAGUGGCCCUUUGGAGAAGGGAGCUUGCCAUGUUCUGGACGGGCAGCGGCUUUGCGAAAGACCUACCUCAGCCUCCCGUGGUGAUAGCUCCUGUCAACUGCCCUCAGCUUCCCAAAAACAGCAGUGUACCAGCCUCUCAACAAGACACAGAGCAAAUGACCAAUCCCACCCUCCACGUGAAGGAGCUGCACGGCUCCACGUCGGCUGAAGAGGAGCUGGCUGAUGCCAGCGCAAAGGCAGACCAGUCAGAAAUCUCUAUUGCCCAGAGUGAGGAACCAACUGCUCAGAAUAAGGAUGACCUUGAAAGCAAAUGCCUAAAUGCAGAACAAAACCAGCUGGAAUAAGUGGUGUGAUAAGAACUCCUUACUUUCCCUCACAAACAUAUCUAUGUAAAACCAGUAUGUAUUUAGGACUGGUUUAGUAGGGUUUGCUUUCAUUGAAGAACCUCACUGGGAGUCUGAUCAUCAAAUCCAGCAAGGAAUGUUCUGUCUCCAGCUUCGGUACAGCUAUACACUUCAAACAUAUUUCUGAAAUAUGGUGCUUUCCAGGAGUUCUGAUGUGUGGGUUUCUAUGAUCACUGUUAGUGAAUGCCUUUGACCAUUUGUUCCAUUUGCAUUAUAGCAAGGUAGCAUUAAGAGUCUUUAUUUACUCAGUACUCUGUGCUUGUGUGGCUGUUUCACUGCUUUACCAUGGUGUAGGUUAACAUGGAGGAAAAGCAUUGAACAAGUCUGCUACAAUGCUUACUUGAGAGAAACAUGGUCUUUUUCUUUGUUCUUUUUUUAUUUUUUUGGCACUUUCCUUAUUGUCACCUUUUACUUUACUUCUCCUGACUUGUCAAAGCCAUUGAUGAAAGGGAAUGCGUUAUUAUAAACUGACAUUCAGGAAAUACAGAGAAUGGUUCAAUUACCAUUACUCCAAAAGGCUUUAUACUACCAUGGUGCAUUAAAUGCAUCUCUUAACUUUUUUGUCUUUGUUUUUACUUCUAGGUACCUGGGCUACUAGUCUAGUUUAAAAGGCAGGAUGAGUAGAGCUCCAGGAAGCUUUCUAGGCAUUCAUGUGAACUCUUAAGGGCUGUCUCUGAUAAUAAACAGGGUUGGUCACAGAAUGCUGCCUGGAAGCAAAUGCUUAUUAAGAAUGUUUAGAAAUAAAAUACAAGCCAAAUAGGUAAAAAAAAAUUAGGUAGUAGCACUAUACUAAGCUUAACAGGCAGUAUUUUCACUGGGAAAAUGUUAAAGUGCAAAUGUUCUUAUGUUUGGGGCUUUGAGCUUCUAUUUGUUGUUCAUUCAAGGAAUAGAAUUAUGAUUUCUGAUUUUGAAGAAAAUAGUCUGUUUUUUCAUUCCCAGCAGAGCACAUAUGGUGCUAGAGACAGUUGUAACUUAAAGCUACCUGCUGCUCAGUAACUUACCAACUGCCUAAGUCAUGUUUUGUCUUUGCCCCAAGAGUAGUAGCCAAAGCAUGGUCUGUCAGGUUCUGGAAUGAGCCUGGGAUCUCACCUAUUAUUUUGCAUCUCUUGCUACAUUGUGAAGGAAUUUGUGAAUUUAAAAAUUUUGGGGUGCAGCUGGUCUUACUUCACAUUCCUGAAAUUGUGUGUUUUCCUGUAUAACAUGAUUGAGUCUUUUAGGCAUCAGCUUUUGUACAUAGAAAGAUGAUGAGAUUUACGUAUUACUUGUUCCAUCUGAGUAUAUUUGGCUUUAUCAGAGGAGUCUGUUCUGCACUUAAGUUGCAAUUCCGGAAAGCCUCAAACACUUCACACAAAAACUGAAAUAGAAAAUUGAAGUAUUAUAGGAUCCUUGGAUAUGAUUCCAGAUUGUAUGGAAGAAAUACUCCUGAGUAUUUGAGAGCCCAAAAUGUCAUUUACAAAAGUAUUGUCACAGUGAUGCAAUGAGAGGCAUUGCUGUUGAAUUGGAGUUGAAGGGCUCUCUUUUCCAGUCUAUCUGUUAAAUCUCAGCCAUCGUCUUUUUGGCUAGGUCUUCCAAAAGUUUGCCCUGUGCUUUUUGGAUGAUAACUUCUGUGGGCAGUGGUAGCAUUCUUUCUCUAGAAUGUGAGCAGUUUUCUCUAAAACCACACUAUGGCUUCAGAGUUUGGCCAGCUCCUGCUUAAAGACUUGAACCUUGUCUGAUAGGAUGAUACUGAGUUUUUUGGAAGGCUCCCUGAGUCCAACGGCCAGCACUGCAAUUAAUUUACAAAUUGCCCUAAUGGAAGAUAAUACUAAAGUGAUCUGGUUUUCAGUCUCCUCUUUAAUGGACUGUCACUUUGGCCAGCAGUAACCUGAACCAGUUCUUACUAAUAAAAAGCAACAGAAACAUUUCACUGAAAACUUCAAUCAACUGGAUUAUGCCUUAAGUCGUUGUGUAAGUAUGUGUAUUAAAUUAAGAAAGCAAUCUUGUGUUUAAAUUAUGAACUUGACAAAUAGCAAGAUAAAUUGGAGACUGACUCAAAGUUCUGUUGGUUUUUGCCUUGAUCAUCUCUUAGUCAUAAUGAUGUUUGGAGUAGCUCUCUACAUGUUUAAAAGCCGGUAGCUUUCUGAUGAUGAAGCAUUAGGUAUUAUCUACUUGAAAGUGUAUUUUAGCAUUUGUUCUCCUGUGUGGUUAGGAAACAGUUUAUUUCUCAGAUUGUUCAUAGCUCAAUUAGAACAGAAGAACUGGUGACACUGAACUUGUAGGCAUUUCACAGUUGCAUUCUGGACCCAGGUUUUGGGGAAUUUCCAUCUAUUUUUACGUGUCACUUUUUUCUCCCGCAAACAACAAAGAAUGCAGAAAAAAAAACCACCAAUAGCUUCUCAGUGCAGUUUAAAGCAUGUGAAAUGGCAACAAUUUACAGAUUUUGACUAUCUCAGUACUGUACAAAUCAGGUGACCCUGGUGCUCCAGUGCGGCUGUGACUGUUCGGACCCUGAUCCUGGGCAGUUCAAUUGCUUCCAUCAAAAACCAAGGCUGUAUUUUUUUAUCUUUAAAAAACCUCCCUGAUCAGCUUAAUUUAAAACUUAAUGUUGUAUAGGAAGAUAAUGCAUAUCAGUUCAGUGUGGCUGACUCUGAUUUUAUUUGAUGAUUUCAGAUACACGUUACACACCAAACUUGAGUUUUAAUAUUUAAAGUAAUGAAAGUAAUAUUAAUGUUAAAAAUAAUGUUGAUGGGCUUCUUGUGUAUGUUUUUCACAUACUAAGCCUUAUCUUUCUAGAAAUUCAGUAAGGGUUCUGUUCCUGAGAACUGGUAUGUGUUCAGGGGAGGCAUUUCUUUUAGCCAAAAAAAACCCCAAAUGAACACAAAAACCCCAGCAACAACCAACACCACUGAAAAGAAAAUCCGUCUGAGAAGACCUGACUUUUUGGAUCACAAUAGUGAGGAUCAGAUUCCUUCAAGUGUUUGUUUUGGUCUGUUCCCUCCUGAAGGAUUGCCCAAAUGCAGCUGAAGGUAGAAUGGAACAUGAAAGACAUGGGUGACAAGAGGGUGACAAGAGAAAAUUACCCCAAACCUUCUUUAAAUUUUGUGGAUUUUAUUUUUCCUGUCACAAAUGAAAAGCAUUUUAAAUGAAAUACAUAAAAUAGAAACCGAAAAGAAUAGAUUUAAAAAUAUAUUCUGGUUUUACCAGUGGCACCAAUAAAAGCACAUCCACAUAUGUAAGAAUUACACUUGAAAAAAUAUUUAAUGUUUUCUCUAAACUUUGACAGAUGCGAGACAACACAAAAUCUGCAGCACAGCCUAUUUUCCAAAAGGUUUAUUAAUGUGUUUCAUAGAAAACUUCGUUUAGAAAACUGUGGGUUUCCAAAUUUCUUGAACAUUUUCCAUGGUCUUAGAUAAUCAGUCAAGCUUUUCCUUCAGAGGAUGCUCUUUCCUUACAGUGCCCCUCAGUAUGGCUGUUGUUAAGAACGUCUUGACAGUACUUUUCAGCCAUGCACAUUUCUGUGUUUCAGCUUUGGUUUUGGCAUUCCUGAUGCAUUGUUCCAACUGGGAACAGAUCAUGACUACCAUGGUAGUGCCUGGUGGCUUCUGAGUAUGCUGGAAACAGGCACAGACUGUGGAGCCAGACUGAGCCCAGCAGCCUGUGCUGAAAUAACAGCGUUGUGAGCUUGCAGACUGUGGCCGCAGUCAUUAUCAAAUUAAUCUGCCUCUGGGAGAUGCUGUGAAAUUACCUGCAGCUCUUUAAAAAAGCCAGUAUUGGGUGUUUGAGAACAGUGUUGCCUUGAAGUUCAAGCUGACAUGAGCUGUUUCCAGUGCAAGAUCCAGUAGUUUUGUUCUUGUCUUUAGCCCCAUGGCUGGGUAUGUGUUUCUGGUUUCUUCCACUACACAGGCUGUGUAGGAUGUAAAGUCCAUGAUAUUUCUUUUCAACAGCAGCUUCAUUCACUGUCCAGGAACAAAACAGAGUAAUUUGUUCAUGCUUCCAUCAUUUGCUGUGUUACCUGUAGUACACUGAGGGCUGAAUAUGCUGGCUGAACAGUAAUGUGUACAACUAAUGAUUAUCAAUGCUUAGCACAUAGCACAUUGACACAAGAGUGAAAUACAGACAUACCAGUACAUCCAAAUACUCAUCCAAAGCUUGCAGAGAUGGUGCUUUUUUCCAUGACAAGUAUAAUUUCUGGUGUUUUAAAAGGAAAUCUAUGUAGGGCUGUGUCUCCAGGCAAAUGAGGACAGGAACUGUGGUCAGAGGUCCAGAAAACAUCAGCAACAAGGAGCAGUGAAUCUUUAGGUGUUUUAAUCUCGUGUGUCAUUUCCCAGCUGGGGCAGGACAUGAAGAACAGAGCUGUACUAACAGCUUUUCAGUUCAGGUUUUUGCCAGUGGUGCUGGGUAGGGCAGAGAGAGGGAGGAUAAGAAAAAACUGAAGAUGAUUCAGAAAGCAUGAGGAGACACUGAACAAGAAAGGCAAUGGAAGAGUUGACUCCAAAGAGAAAACCAAAGGGCAUGAUAAAUAUCCAAAAAUCUGAAAUGCUGCUGGAAAUUGGUUUGUCAUUUUCAAGUAGGGAUGAUAUUAGAAUUAAUAGACAAAUUACAAUAAGGAAACUUUGGCACUGGUGGUAGGAAAAAUCUAGAAGUGGAUGGCAGGUGAAGGGCUCAGUGGGGCAGGGCAGUGCCCAGUGCAUGAGCUCCUUUGGUUCUGCAAGGAGAAAAUUGAACCACACCAACCAGAGUCAUUUCAUGCCACUGCCCUUUGGGGCCAGCCAACAAGCCCUGGCCUACCUGUCCAGGUAUAGUCUGAGGGUCAGGAUUCCUGGGGUUUAAUGAUGUUAUAGCAUGAACUUUAUCCUGGAGUACUCAAUUUAUAUAUCAUGAAUGCUGUCAGGGUGUUCUGUAACCGCUGUGAUGGAUAGUUCAGCUCUUGUGAUACAAAGACUGUUUUCUGCUGCUUAAAAGUGAUAAAUCCUUUGGAAAGAAACCACAUCAAUUUUACUCUUUUUUGUCUAUGUUUAAUUUGUUAAAUUGCUUCUGGCACACUGGAACAUUUUCAGAACAUGACAGCUUUGUGUGCUACCAGAAGCUUCCUUUGAGCACUGGCAUAAAAGAACGUUCUUUUCACUGAUCCUCUCUAUCAUAUCUAUUUAUCAAUUAUGUGCUCUUCUGUGAGGGUUCCACCUUUUCCAGUUUUGCAGUUAAAUAUUCAAAUUACAUGGAGUAAAGACAACAUUUUGCCAUCUGUAGAUUAGUGAUAGGUGAUGAAUAAUGUGUUUAGAUUGGAUUUUCUUUAGUUGGGAACUAGUGUACUGUAUACAAUCAUCUAUACUUUUGGGAACUAGCAGAGGACUUAACUUUGUGUGAUGCAGGGGCUCAGGCUUGGUUCUGUUUCCCAGAAGCUGCAGCCAGGGGUUACAGGUGCCCAUGUUCCUACGAUUAUUUGGAGUCACCUUCCUUAGGUGAAGGUGGCAUUACAGUUUAUCCAGUUUUCUCAUAAUACUUUUCUACAUGUCAGCAAGGAAGUUUAGCUCCAGAUGGCAAACUUCAUCCAGGUGUUUGAGAAAUUCUGAGAUGAUCUGCAAGCUAGAUUUUUUUGGUUGACAACUGCUUCCUGCUGACAUGCGCUGUAUGUUGAGAACUGACUUUGAGUGUUUCAUGUAAAUAUUGGUCAGCUGAAAAUAGGCAGAGACAUGGUCUCCAGCCAGCUCAUCACCAGCUCAUGCCCCAUCCCUGGAAGUUCAAUGCCAGGCUGGAUGUAGCCCUGAGCAACCUGAAUCUAGUGGACAGCAUCCCUGCCCAUGGCAGGGGCUGGAAUGAGAUGAUCUGUAAGGUCCCUUCCAACCCAAACUAUUUUGUGAUUCUAAGAUUCUGUCAUAACUCUUAAAAAAAUUGGUGGCUUGGGCUGGUAGGAGCCCUGCAGCAGCAGACAGCCAACACCUCAUAGUCAAGAGCUGCUGAAAGGUCUCCAACCCUGAGAAUGUGACACUUCGCUCAAGCAGCAGCACCGUGUUCCGUCGGUGCAGUGAGGUUUCCCAGAGCCCGACCUUUGGGGUGGGGUUGCACGCAGGAGUUGUAGCUGAUGUUAUUUCCAAUACAAUAACUUCUUCUUUAAGCCAGAGGUUCAGAAAAGAUAGAAAUAGCUCUUUUCAUCUGAAACAUGUAUUUGUAGUCAGGAAAUUGCAACAAACCUGGAACUUCUUCCAUUGUGGAUCCAAGCUUUGAACGCUGGGAUGGUGGGAAGGUAGUGAUGUUUGGGGAGGAGCACAGUCCUUUACAUGCAUUCCCCAGCAAGAAACCAGAAGAGAAUUUUAUUGUUCUGCUCUGCCCAAAGUUGGUUCCAAUUUACGUUGAACAAAAACUUCAAAACAGUGGUUUAGUUUGACAAAAAACAACCCACAGUGGCAUAGGUUUUUUGGUUUGGGUCAUAAUCUCCUUUUUUCAUAUUCAGUAGUGGAGACUGCAAAAAAUAUAUAUCAGAGAUGUUACAGCAGACCCUAAGUUGGCAGCAAGCCCAUGUGGAGAACGGGCUGAUUGCUCUGAUGGCCAGUUAGUGCAGCAGCCUGCCUGUGCUGGGGUGAACAUGUCGCUUGUUUGUCUUCAUACUUUGCCACUUGUCUCUUCCACCAGCCUUUUGACUCUCAAACUCUCAAAGAGCACUGGUUGUGAGAGAGCAAGAAGGAAUCUCUGUGUCACAGUGCACUCCCAGUGCUGUAUGAAAGGCACGAAACAGGGAAUUGCCCACUGUGCUCAGCCUGGGGCCUGGGCCAUGCGCUGCGUUCCUCAGGGGCUGAACAUGGGAAACGUCUUUGAUCCUAAAGUCAGUGACAGUAACUGUGAGCUCUGUACUUUCAGCCUAGCAACAUAGGAAAGCAAAACCUAAGAAAAAUCUGAAUUUACAGCCCUUCCCAAUGAGCUCUGCUCAUUGCUGACCCUGUUCCUUCAAGGCUGGAGGAACUGGGGUCUGAUAACCUGCCAGCAAUCCACGAGCCCUCUGUGACCCCUGGUAGUGUUACUUUACUAAAACUGAAUCAGAAGUGCUUUGGGUGUGGAUUGGUGGGAGGCUGGAAGCAAAACUUUCAAGCCAUAUAAAGGGGAUUUACAAGAUAAGAGUUGAGACCCAUUCGCUUAAUGCGCAUUUCUUGGAUGCUUGACAGUCGCUGCCUUUAGAGAGGAAGUUGAUUCUUGGAGGUAACAUUAUCAGUAGGACAGUCUUAAAUGUCUGGUGUCUUUGUGGAAGGACUUUGUAAUGGUGUUCAAAUAGUAGUGUGUAGGAUAGUGUUAUGAAGAGUGCAGACUAGAAGAUUGUUAAUUUUAGCACUUGCAAAUGCAUCUGUUUAACUCUACAUACGUACGCAUGAAGAAUAAACUUUAAGCUCAUUUCAGGUACUGAAGGAAAGAUUUUCUCUUGAGCCAAACGUAUUACAUGUUUUUACUGUUUUAAGAUUUUCUAUGCAGUUUGGCCCCUUAAUAAAAUUUUUAAAAAUUAGAGAGAGACAAAAAAAAAACCCCUAAAAAACAACCCCUCCCUCCAAAAAAAGAACAGCUAAGAAAGUUAGCCAGUGUAGGAAGACUGGUAUGAAAACUUAGUUGGAGUAUUUUUCCUGCAUGGGGCUAUUAUUUCCAAACAAACAAGCUAUGGUAAUGAAGUGCAGAUAGGACAUAAAGAAUGAGGAAUUUAUUUCUCUGUAAGGAUGUAGUCAGUGAUGCUGAUAAAAUGAAUGUCUUUCCCCAGUUCCCUGGUUCCUACCUUGUCAGUCAGUCUGUCAGUGGUAUACACCACAUGGAUCUGUUCCACAGUUGUAGCUGACUGUGGGGUUGUUGAUCCCCCAUGGGAAGAGGGUCCCUUUCCCCCCACACAAGCUGGGGAAGGUGUAGCAUUUACUACUUGAUGACUUGCAAAACUGUGCAUAUUGCAUGAUAUCUGCAAGGAUAGAUAAAUCAGUAAUUCUGUGACUUUUGUCUAUGAUACAAGUAUCUUAUAUCUAUGGUACAAGAUAUUUUUUCUGCUGUUAUUGUUUGCAAUAACAAAGAACUGACUGUGUCACCUUACUGAUCCCUUCCUGUGCUGACAGUAGGAGAGAGCCAUUGUGAAGACCAAGGGAAAAAGCAAGUUUGUUUCUAAGUAGUAAAAGACAUUUUUGGCAAACAUUUCUGUUUUUCCAAAACUGUACGUCUUACCAUAGUACAUGCAUCAGAUUUUCAAUUCAGUCUGGGUGGCCUUUUCCCACCCUAUGUCUGUAUGGAUCUUUAAGGUUUUGAUACCAGCCCUCCCUCUGACUGAAUUACAGCCUUGUAUCCAAUUGCACAGCACAUCAUAAUAUAUAUUUUUUUAUAUAUGUAAAUACAUUGUAAUACAUAGGAUUUCCAGUGACCAGAUGUAGAUUAGCUUUCCUUCUGUGAUGUAACAUGGAAAAAAACCCUAUUUCAAAAUUAACAGGGAUGGCAGAAUCUUAGGACAAAGACGUGAGAAAUAUCCCAAGGGUUUCUGCAGAGUGCAUUUUCCAUGGAGUAAUGAAGCCUGUUUCAGGCAUAUAUAGAUACGAUGAAAGAAAACAAACUUGAAAAUGUCAACUAUUGUGUUCAUUUGGUUUUUUCCUUUUGUUUUGCUAUUAAAAAACACUGGAAUUUCCUUUAGUCUGUUUUAGUUUAAAACUGUAAAAAUUUUCUAGAAAUGUCAAAUAAAGAUACUUAAUUUUUGGA